AAUAAUAAUGGCUGAACCACAAAGAAAAAGUAGAUUAUCUAUCCACGAAGGCGCAAGCAAAGUAGCCCUUGCAGAGAAAUCUUUCAGCAAGAUGAGGAUGAGGAGGCAAUCUUACGGCUUCGGGAGGGUGCCUGGUAUUACAGCGGCUGGGCCUAGAACUUCACAGUUGGGCAUUGAAUUCAAGCGGCCCGCCUUGUCGUAUCUCCCGACGUACCAGCUCGGGCCCACACACAAAGUGAAAGAUUUUGAGGUCCGGAAGAUCAUUGACGACUUUCUCAAUGAAAACUUUACAGGUCAUAAGUAUAAUGUUCAGGAAUCUCCAGCACUAGCUUUACGUCUGUCAUCCGAGAUAAUGCGCGAGAUGAAAACCUUGGAAUACAAUCGCUAUCGGUUCAUAGUCGUCGUCACCAUUUACCAGCGUCGUUCCCAGUGUUACAACAACGCCAUCACCUUCCUCUGGGAUCCAGAGAGAGACACCUACGUCGACGUGCAGCGAGUAACCACCACCGCCGCUAUCCAGGUCACUGCGUUCGCUAUCUAUCUUGAUUAAAGCUCACUUAACCUCACUUUUAUAUUUACGACGGGAUACAUUGUUUCAA